AUGGCGGUACCCGGGAAGCGCAAAGGGAGGAAGGAGAAGAGAGCCGCGGAGGGGCGGAGCCCGAACGGCGGCUGGCCUGGGAGUGGAGAGUACCUGGUGGGACAGGUGGCCGACAGCCUGAACCGGCCUGGGCGCCGCCCCGGAGGCGGCCCCGGGAGGCUGGCCGCCCUCUUCAGCGCCGGGGAGCCUCAGCUGCCGCCUGUGUACGUGCCCGCGCCCAAGGAAACCCCCCGGAAAAGGAAACGGGAUGAGGAGGAGGAGAGGACAGCCCAGAUUCAAAGGCCACUUUUGCAAGAACCUGCAAAAAAGGUGAAAGUGAAGAAGCUUUCAGAUGCAGAGAAAAAGCUGGCAAACAGAGAAAAUGCUCUAGCAAGUGCUGAUUUAGAAGAAGAAAUUCACCAGAAACAAGAGCAGAAAAGGAAAAUUUCUCAAUCCGGUGUUAAAGUGGCAGAUAAAAAAGUACCUGAUGAUGUAGAUGACACAGUUGUCAAUCAAAGGAAGAAAAUUCAAGUCAACCAAGAAGAAGAGAGGUUAAAGAACGAGAGGACUGUGUUUGUGGGGAAUUUGCCUGUCACGUGUAAUAAGAAGAAGCUGAAGUCAUUUUUUAAAGAGUAUGGACCAAUAGAAUCUGUACGAUUUCGUUCUGUGAUUCCAGCAGAGGGAACUAUGUCCAAAAAGCUGGCUGCAAUAAAACGUAAAAUUCAUCCUGAUCAGAAAAAUAUUAAUGCUUAUGUUGUAUUUAAGGAUGAGAGAGCUGCUGCUAAAGCAUUGAACAGAAAUGGGGCCCAAAUCGCCGAUGGAUUCCGUAUUAGAGUUGAUCUUGCAUCAGAGACCUCAUCUAGGGACAAGAGAUCAGUGUUUGUGGGGAAUCUCCCGUACAAAGUUGAAGACUCUGCGGUUGAGGACCACUUUUUGGACUGUGGGAACAUCGUGGCAGUAAGGAUUGUGAGAGACCAGCUGACGGGUGUCGGCAGAGGGUUUGGCUAUGUGCUCUUCGAGAAUACAGAUGCUGUUCAUCUGGCUCUGAAAUUAAAUAAUUCUGAACUGAUGGGAAGAAAACUCAGAGUCAUGCGUUCUGUUAAUAAAGAAAAAUUAAAACAAAAUUCAAAUCCCAGUUUGAAGAAUGUCAGUAAACCUAAGAAGGGACUUAAUUUUACUUCAAAAAAUGUAGGACGUUCUAAAAGUUUGUUUAUUGGAGAAAAAGCUGUUCUCGCCAAGAAGAAAAAGAAAGGACAGAAGAAAAGUGGGCGAGCUAAGAAACAGAAAAAACAGAAGUAGCAGUUCGAAGCGUUGUUUUUCCACUGAGCACUGGUAAUAAAAAUGUGGUGAACCCAUGUAUUGAGUCUCAGAAUUUAUAUGGAUGGUGUAUAUGAACGUGGGAACUUUGUUUGUUCGCAUUGUAAUAGUACCUUUGAAGCAUUUGUUUUAAGAUGUAGGCAUGUUAGUUACCAUGGAUUAUGUGUCACUGCUAAUGGUAUGAGAGAUGAUUUUAGACUUAGGAAAAAGAUUUAAAAUUUUAGUGACUAUUUUAGUGUGUUAGAAAUAUGUAACACUUUAGACAGUUAUUUCAAGAAUUACUUUGAAUGAGACUACAUUAAAAAGUGAGUAAAUUUAAAGAAAAAUAAAACACUAAGCUUUAAUAGUGACUGUACCUAGACAAAGUGUCUAAACAAUUACAGUGGGAAUACUGAUCUAAGGUCUAAUCACAAUCCCUAAGAAAGGUUUGAGGGCCAUUAUAUAAUAGUCACUUAUUUUCUUUCCUUUCUCUCACACUUGUGAUAAUUGGAGCUCUGGGUUUUUUUUAUUUCAUCAACCUAAUAAUAAUUAGCAAACAAGAAUAUGAAACAUUAUGUGAAAUGUUGCUCUAAUUUCUUAUUUUCUUUAUUGAUUUGAGAGAGAGA